AUGGGAUUUCCUAAUUUUGAUCCUCCACGAGGAGUAUUUACACUGCCAAUUCCUUGUGAUGCAGCUAAUAUCUUUUGGGAAGAUGUUAAAGUUGCUGAACAUUUCAUACUUCAAAAGACAAAAGCUUCAAGUAAUAUAUUUUUUCGAGGUGUAAUUGGCACUAUUCAAAAUGUCCUUGACACAAAACAACCUCCUUUUCGAAUUAUUUUUCGUAGUGAUCCACUUGGCAUUACAUUGCAAAUUGCUGUAUCUGAAACUACAAAAGGCAUCGAGGAUGCUUGGAAAUGGUUAGAAGAUAGCUUAAGCUCUGAAUUACUAAAACUUGAUAAUCCUGGUGAAAAAGAAAACUACGUUGUUACAAAAAUUAAUUCUUUGGUCACUAGACAAUAUAAAGGAACUGAUGAAGUUUCUGAAGAUGAAAGCGUCAGAUCUGCUUCUAGAGCUUUUCACCAAACAUUUGACAUAUCACCAAAUGAGAGAUUAGUUAAUUGUGAGCAAUUUAAAAAAAUAGCAGAAUAUUUAAUAAACGAUGUAAUACUUUAUCUACCGAAAAAUAAAAAAUAUCAAAUAAUUGAAUUAGAAUUUUAUUUCAACACUUUAGAAAAUAACAGUAAUGAUAAUGCACUGUUGCAUUGUGAUCCGUAUUCACAUCAACAUGAACAUCAAAAAACGAGCGGAGAAUGGUAUUUUCAUCGUGUUGGUAAAUUUGGAUAUCGAGGUGGAACCAGAAAAGGUAUCGAUAUAACAUUUGGCAAUGAGAAUGCUUAUGGUGGAAUAUUAAUACGUUCUAUAAAAAGAAUUAUUGAUAAUGAAGACGAUGAUGAGAACGAGUUGAUUGAAGGACCAAGUUUAAUUGUUGAUGAGAUUUUGAGAUUAUGUGGGGUGGAUAACCUUAGUAUAAAAGAAAUGGUCGAAGUAAAAUGGAAGGGAAAAAGUGGAAUUUGUAAGGAUUUUAAGAAUUUUAAUGGAAUGAUUUGGUUGGAAGAAAUGAAAUAUACCAAAAAUGUUGAUGAUAGCGAUGGCGAUGGCAACAAUGACGAUGGUGGUGAUGAUGAUGGUGGUAGAAGUGAAGAAAAAAUUAGAAAUUUUAAUAAAAGAGCAAAAUAUUCUACAGGUGUAAGUUCGCCAUAUUUUAUAAAAUCAUCAUCACAAUCAUCAAUGAAACAUAAAAGAAAGUCCAACAACUUAAAACAUAAAGAAAUUGUAUAUAAUUCACCAAGAGUCGGCCUUACUUUAUCCAAUACAAAUCCUUCGCCAAAUCUACGUUUAAACUUUCUUUUGAAACCUUAUAGAUUUUUCAUCAAACCACAUCUAAUUAAAAAAGGCAAGGCACAGUUAAUAAUAGGAUUAUACGAUAGAUACCAAGAUAUUAAUAAA